CACAUUUGCGAUUGCGAUAGUCGAACCAAGUUUGUGUGUUAGUUGUUUGUUUUUAUGAAACAAGAAAAUAUUUAUUUAAAAAUAUCUUGAAAAUGAAAGCCUUAUUAAUUUUUGACAAUGUGAACGACUUAUUGUAUUCAAAAUGGGACGCAGAAUUCAUAGAACGGAUGAAAUCACUGAGUGAACAGCACAGUGACCUAGACCUAACAGAUGGCUCCAAAGUGUCGCAACUGUUGUCUCCGAUCAUCACAUCACAGCGGGUUAUGGCUGCACAGUUUGGGAACACAUACUCCUCCAUGCAAUGUAAAGAUGACACUACUAUUGUUUUUGAUGAGUGGUUGGAUCAUAUUUUCAUGAUUAUCAGUGAGCAGUCAGUAGAUGAUGCCCAAAGAGAAAUGCUCGACCUCAAAACCUUUGUACAACACAUCUGUGGCCAAAAUAUUAAUUUACUUCAGUCUCCAGUCUACCGCAACUGGCUCUCCGUGCUAAUCGACAGCCGAACCAAAGGUGACUCCAUACCAGGAGCAACAGGCAUUAUAGGCGAGACAGGUGCCACGGGAGCAGCACUGAAUGCUCUCAAGAGUGCCUCGAAGCAGAUAAAGGGCCAGUACCAUCUGAUGCUUUUCGUUGGGGACAAACAGCUCGCAUUAUAUUCAAGCCGAGGCACUGAAGAGCUGACACCAUCAGACCUGAUCCUGCUGAGCAUGCAAUGCAUCGCCGCACAAGAGCAUUGGGAAGAAACUAGUCAAGACGACGACGACGAAACCAUCCGGCUGCCAUGGCUCUCUGAGCAGAACAGCGCUGUGGUCCAACUAUGCGCGGCGAACUCGCCGUGCGCGCCACACUCGCUGCAUAUGGCGCGCGUGGCGCCGCGUUUAGUGCUUCUAGUGCUGAGGGACAUGCAGCUCAGGGAGGUGGGCAUAGCAGCAAAUAUGGCGUCUCAGAUCCUGUCCAACUUACGCAGACUGCUGCUACAGAGGAACUUAGAGCUGCUGCCUAGCACACUCGACUCUUUGGAAGCGGCAUUGAAAAAGACAACCGACGCUCUUCGCAAAAACAAAUCGAACGCAAAUCUCUGCGCGCGUCUUCAAAGUCGAAUGCUGGAACUGCGCAAGUCUUGCACGACCACCACUCCUCUCACACCAGAGACCACUGCUACGGCGAUGCACACCGCACUGGAGACUGUUAUAGAGCUGCUGAAACCGGACAUACCCAGCUUAAACCUGGCGGCGCCGCUCAAAGAGGUGAAGACAGCCAUGGCGCCCUACAUCGACUUCCUGAAGAUCAAGGCCCAGCGAUACUUCAGCAUGGGAUCAUAUCCUUUUCAAUUCCUGCACUCUCUACCUCGUAUUCAAUCUGUAUCAUGUUCCCAGGUGCACAACAUAAUAUCUCGCUGCUGCGCGCUCACCCGCGAAGGCUACAGCGCAGCAACAUGGCGACGCGGCGCUAUCCACGCCUGCUCUGUACUGUGGUGGGAGCGACGUGGUGCCCCCGCGCGUCCUGCUCGCCCCCCGCACCCUGCUGCUGUACGCGCGUUACCACCACCGGGGGAUAUUCUUAACUCAUUCUACAGACAACUGGUAGAGCUCGCCUUCCCGAACGAUUCCCAAGGAGUGACCAUCAAAGAACUGAUAUGCGUGCACCUAGGGUUGCUACCCGCAACCACGGCCGUGCAGCAAGCGCGCCGUCUGGCGCAUACCGUGCACGAACUCUUCACUGACAACCCUACGAGCGCCACAGACUUACUUUAAUCAGUACCUAGCUCGCCUUAAUUACGUAAUUUUAAGUUUUAUUUAUUAUGUGAUUUUGGAUAAGACAAGUAUGUCGUAUUCUACUAAACAAGAAAAUGCCUUGCGCGUAGAUAAUGCAUAUUAUCAAAAAUAUACAUAUAAUUUCUAUAAUUAAUUAUUGAGGCUAAUGGACGCCAUGGGUGCCAAAGUUUAUUAUAAUACUGAUUCCAAUCAGGGUGGCAAACACAUUUUUCCCCUCACUAGCUUGGAAACACGUGUUUUGUUCUUUAAUACCAGCGGGUAAAAACGCAUUUUAUCCACUAGUGGGUAAAGUAAUUUGACCUUGAAUAAAGUCAAAUUAACUGUUUUAAAGUUGAUAAAAGUAGGUGAAUCUAGUAAUAAAGAUGAUUUACCACCUGUGGAACUACUGGAAGCAGUGAUAAAUUCAUUAUCAUGCCACUAUAACAAACUGAUAUCAACUCAGAUAUUUUUUGCGAAAAAUA